AUGAAGUACUUUACCUUAUGGAAACGCUUCUCAUUCUUGAGAAAGAAUAAGAAGAAAAAGUUUAGUAGCAAAUAUGACCAAUCUUUACUAGAUAACAUGUUUGGUCCAUUCCCAGAAAGUGGUGUACUUUGUUGUCCAGAUGAGGCAUUGGAGAUGGCAAAACAAGCAUUGGCAACAAGGAGGCUAUCGUUCGAAGAAAACGAGUCGUGUUCUGUUCUAUCCAUGGUUGGUUUCCCUUUCAAAGAUUGUCUACUCUUAGCUGUGGAAACUGAGAAUCCUAAAAUGGAUUUCUUACAUUCAAUGGAGCAAAUGACUAAAGCUUAUGGUGGCCAAAGGGGAGAUAUGGUGGAUUGGGAAUUUAUGGAGGAGUUGCUUACUUGGUUCUUGAAGAUUAAUAACAUGAAGAAUCAACAUUUCAUUGUAGCUGCAUUUAUCGACUUGUGCUUGGGAGGUCAGGUGCAAGAUGUGGAACCACUUGCUAUUGAAGUACCUGAGGAAAAUGUGGAGCCACAUAUUAACGAAGUACAUGAUGAAAUGGUGAAUGUUUUGGAGGAAUUUGAUGCUGAGUACUGUGGUGGGGCCUCUAAUUCUUCUUUGCCAAAUAAAGGAGAGCAUUUUAAAGAAGACUACUCAUGCAAAAUUAUGUAG